UGGGCUUUUUAUUUUUAAGGCGAAGAGUAUGUAAAGAGCCUAACUGGCUAUCCCGAGCUUAUGGAUCGCCUUGCCUGCCUAAACGAUGAAGAGAAUGAAAUUGAAAGCAGCAAGAUCAUUUUCCCGGAGCAUCUCCCGCUCAGCAAACUGCAGCAGGGCAUUAAAUCCGGCCUUUACCUUCAGGGCACCUUCAGAGCCAGCAGAGACAAUUACUUGGAAGCCACAGUUUGGAUUCACGGCAAUGACCAAGAAAGAGAGAUAAUAAUACAAGGGCUGAAACACUUAAAUCGUGCUGUGCAUGAGGAUAUCGUAGCCGUGGAGUUGCUGUCCAAGGAUGCCUGGACUGCUCCAUCUUCUGUGGUUCUGCUUGACGAUGAGACCAAGAAUGAAGAAGAGGAUACUGAAAAAGAGGAGGAAGAUCAAAACAAGCCGAAGACUUCAGUGAACACGGCCAUGCUACGACCCACAGGCAAAGUUGUGGGGAUUAUCAAAAGGAACUGGAGGCCGUAUUGUGGCAUGCUGUCUAAAUCACACAUUAAAGAGGCCAGGCGGCAUUUAUUCACGCCAGCUGAACGAAGAAUACCUCGAAUACGUAUAGAAACCAGGCAGGCUUCUAUCCUCGAAGGGCAAAGAAUCAUUGUGGCUAUUGAUGGGUGGCCUAAAACAUCCCGGUAUCCUAACGGACAUUUUGUAAAAAAAUUGGGAGCAGCUGGCGAUAAGGAGACGGAGACCGAAGUCUUGCUACUUGAACAUGACGUUCCUCAUCAGCCCUUCUCUCAAGCGGUUCUUAGUUUCCUACCCCAGAUGCCCUGGAGCAUCAGUGAUGAGAGAGACCAACUCCAUGGUGGAAGAGUUUAUGCUGCUGGCUAACAUCUCCGUUGCCCAAAAGAUCAACCAGGAAUUUUCAGAGCACGCCUUGCUGAGGAAGCAUCCGGCUCCCCCACCCUCCAAUUACGACAUCCUGGUGAAGGCCGCCAAGUCUAAGGGUUUGGAAAUCAAGACCGAUUCUGCAAAAUCCCUGGCAGACUCCCUUGACAAAGCCGAGUCUCCUUCUUUCCCCUACCUGAACACCUUGUUGCGCAUCUUAGCCACCCGCUGCAUGAUGCAAGCCGUGUACUUUUGCUCUGGAAUGGACACUGACUUCCACCAUUAUGGCUUAGCGUCACCCAUAUAUACGCACUUCACCUCUCCAAUCAGAAGGUACGCAGAUAUUAUAGUACACCGACUCCUGGCUGUGGCUAUUGGAGUGGACAGUACUUACCCUGACCUCACCGACAAACAUAAAUUGGCAGAUUUGUGCAAAAAUCUCAAUUUUCGGCACAAAAUGGCUCAGUACGCUCAGAGGGCUUCCAUUGCUUUCCAUACCCAGAUUCCUUCUCUCACCGUGGAAGGCACAACUUUCUGCACCUUUGACAAGGUUAAAGUGAGCAUCGUGCUGGAUUCUUCCAACGUUCAGCAUCAGAAAAUCCGGAUGUCACUGGUGGAGCCCAAGAUAUUAGGAUAUUCCAGAGAUGCUACACAGUCAAGUGGCAAUGAAGAACCAGAAAUGAAAAAGAAAAAGCUGAAAAAGAAAUGAAUUAAUGUUAUUUGGUUGGGAGAUAAAUUAUAUUUGGGGGGAGGAAAAGCAGGAUCUUUUUUAUACUUGUAGAAAAGACUUUUAAAAUAAUUAAUAUUUGCCCAUUUUUAAAACCACCCGAUAAAUAAUACAACUGUGUGCUCCUAUGUCUUAUUAAGGAAUCCAACCAAAACUGAACUUCUGGGUCUUUCUCCAAAAGCAGGAAAGAACACAAUAUUUUAAAA